CUUUUAAUUGCUGCACGUAGAUUCCAGCACACGACAAUGCUCUGACAAUGAUGAUAAGCGGGAGAUAAGAAUUUCCUUAGUAAUAAUCUAGCCAUAGUCAUGUGUGCAUAGUGCCAUUAUGAUAUGACGAGAGAGAUGUUCGAUUUGUAUAUUGAAUGAUUGGUGUUUUGAAUUUGAGGAUGUGAUAUUUUGUUCAAACGCAAUCACUAUGACUAGUGUUAAAAUAACCGUAGUAGGAGACGGUAUUGUUGGAAAGACGUGCAUGUUGAGCACAUACACAACUGGUGAUUUCCCAGAAGAAUAUGUACCCACAGUAUUUGAACAUUAUGGACAGAAAAUUAUUGUUGACGACGAAGAAUAUGACAUGACCCUAUGGGAUACAGCUGGACAGGAAGAUUACGAAAGACUUCGACCAUUAUCUUACCCCCAUACGAACUGUUUCUUGGUGUGCUUUUCUGUAGACAAAAAUUUAGCGUCGUAUGAUAAUGUUUCACUAAAGUGGGUACCCGAAGUGAAACAUUUCAGUCCAAGUGUACCAAUAAUUGUAGUAGCAACAAAGACAGAUUUGAGAGAGGAUCCAAGUUUGGCGUGUUAUUCUCCAGAUGAGGGCAGAAAAUUGAAGAGAAAAGUACGAGCUCAAGGAUACAUGGAGUGUUCAGCACUGAGGAUGGAAGGUUUGAACGAAAUUUUCGAAGGGGCCAUCAGAGUUCACAAAAAAUUCAAAAAUAAGAAACCAUCGACUAGGCAAUGUACAGUUUUGUAGUAUACAAUUUUUAUACAAUCAUUAGAUAAGACGUUAAAUGCUACCGAGUAAUAAGUGAUAAAGAACAUGUUUUUUUUUUAUUUCAC